GCGACGAGUUAGUUCGUGCUCGCUGUCCGCUCUGCUCCGUUUAGAAGCCCCGGCGCAGCAGCAUGCGGACAUCCACGAUUGCAGCCUUCACCGUCCACAUCCUGCUCUGUGCCUCUCCUGCUCUCGCCAAGAUAUCCUUCUGCGAUUCGGAAGUUGGCAAGUGCCUGCACGCGGCUGUGGAAAACUGUGACAGCGAGGCGGACCACUGCGUGCUGAAACGCGGCUCCAAAGCGACCAUCACGAUCGAAUUCAGCCCCGACCAUCAAGUGUCCACUGUGAAGCCUCUGGUGUUCGGCGUGGUGGGGAAAUUUCCCAUUCCGUUUCCACUGGCUCACAAGGACGCCUGCGGCAGCUCUGGGCUCGAGUGUCCACUUGCAGCAGGGCAUCGCUACAACUACACUGACGCAGUUUCCGUCAAAAGGAUGUAUCCAAAGAUACCUGUUGUUGUGCUGUGGAAACUGCUGGAUGGUAAAGGGAAGGUUAUUUGUUGUGUAAAAAUUCCAUGUGAAAUUCGCUGAAAAAACUCAAAAUACAUAUCAAAGCAUAGUCCAAAACCAGAUAGUAAUGAACCUUUUACUGAAAGCACUAGUACUCUCUGUCUGACAAGAAUUUCUUCAAAUGACAUGUUUCAAUUUCCCAUGAAUAAUAAAUCAAAAACAGUUUUCAAGGCCAAAACAAUGCAUAAAUCAGUUUUGCAGUAUUGAAUUUUAUAAAGUUAUGUUUACAAUUUACUUUACUUUUAUGAAGUUUGUAAAUUUCAAACAUAUAGUGACUUUG